AUGGACGAAGGCACUGCCAGCGAGGCGAUCCCAGAUUUGAGAGACAUAGAGGUGAAAAUCGGUCGGAAGACCCCGGAGGGUUUGCUCAAGUGGCUGCGGGACGAGGCGUCCUUCCAUCGCGGAGACGCCAAACUCAGCGCUGCCAACGACGCCAGGAAGGAGCGCGACACGGGCAAGAAGAGCCUGGACGAAAAAAUCCGAAAAUUAAAAGUGGAGAUGGCUCACUUGCGCUCAGUGGACGUCAAAAUCCUUCAGCAGCUGCUGGCCGUGCACGAGGGCAUUGAGGCGGUGAAAUGGCUGCUGGAGGAACGCAGCACGCUGACCAGCCGCUGCAGCAGCCUCACCAGCAGCCAGUACAGCCUGGGAGAGGGCCCGGACACCUCCUGGAGAGGCUCCUGGAGCAGCCUGCAGGACCCCCACGAUAAGCUGGACAACAUCUCCGUUGGCAGCUUCCUUGACACCCUGGCAGAUGACAUGGAUGAAUACGGCCCCUCCAGCUCGGAGUCGGUCAUCUGCUCGGCGACACCGCUGGCCUCUGAGGCGGCCGGAUGCUGCAGUCGGAUAGUGGGUGGUGCUGGUGUGGGACCGAAGUCUAGAAACAUGGUUUCUGGGGCUAAUGGGGACGGGGUUGAGACUGCCGUAGAGGUUAAAAGUGGAACGGAGGUUAAAGCCAAGGCAGGGGGUGCUGUGAAUGGAGUGGCAGCACCAGGGAAACCAGCAGUGUCUGGCAAUGCCCCCCAAGCCAAGUCUGAUGGCCCCAAACAAGAGGCUCCCACUUGGACCAAGGCCAUAGAGAUGGGUAAGAACAUUUCCCUUGCUAAGGACAAUUCUCAGACACAGGCCAUUAAGAUCAACCGUAUGCAAGAGAAGUCAGCCAAGCAAAUAACUAGUGCUGCUGACUCGACCCAACCCUGCCUCACUGACAAGAAUGGGAAGAGCCAGAGCCCCAAAUUUAAACCCUACAUUAACGGAAAGAUCGACUUGGAGACUUGCAAAAUGAAUGGCAAAAUCCACCUGGAGUACGAUGCGCACUGGCGGUGGGUGCAAUCGCAAGAGGAUGUGACGUUUUUGUGAGAAGGUCAACGGCAGUAGUGACUCAUGGCACUAUUCACAGCUCCCUCGGCAGUGUCAUGAUCCAUAGGUUGGACAAAGACAAGGUAUUGCGAACUUGAGUGGACCGGCUGCAUGCACACUUUGCACAAAGCGAGGCCUAAAAUCGAACUUGGGCUUCACAUUG